AUAAUGGUCGCUAUGGUAGGCGAGCUAGAGAGUCUUUGUGGGGGAGAGGCGCGCGGAACGCCAAGUGAUAACUGACUGCUGAAACCUGCCUCGGAGAAGAGUUCAGACCAUGGGAAACUCAAUAUAUCCAUCGACACCACGGUUUGGAGUCCUGACUGCAGCUUAAUUUUCCCGUGUGAAGUCGACGUAGCAGACUAAGGAAAGCCCUUCCAACACUGCUGGUGCACGGCUGGACCCAUCUCUCUACCCCUCCGUCUCUUCCUCUCUUGUCACUAUUUCUCUCUCGUACACACAUUUACUCAGACAACACAAAGCACAGCCAUGGAAGACAAACGGAAGAAGCGGAGUCCCAAAGUGUCGCUACCUCAGCCACCCCCUCCUCCCAUCAACCCCCGUAAACUUUCCGUCCUCCCAGCCAGCAAGAGUGCCACCUUCUCCUUGGGGCUGCCCCAGCCCCCCUCUCCCAAAAACAGGAACAAGUUCAAGCGGUCCGUGGGGACAGUGGGCCAACCGUCCAAAGAGGUCCUCAGUGUUCCUCUGGUUCCGCCAAAGAACCCCAGGCCCCAUAAGGAGAAGCCCAGAGCCCCCCAGCCUGCCGGACCCAGUAAAGUCACUCAGUCGUCCCCACUACAACACUCAUUCCUAACGGAUGUCUCAGAUGUCAGAGAAAUGGAAGGAGGACUGCUUAAUCUGCUCAAUGACUUUCACUCUGGAAAACUCCAGGCAUUUGGGAAGGUGUGCUCGUUUGAGCAGUUGGAGCACAUCAGGGAGAUGCAGGAGAAGCUGGCCCGCCUUCACUUCAGCCUGGACAGCCAUGUGGAGGAACUGUCUGAGGACCAGCGGAAAUGUGCCUCCGACCGCAACCUGGAACACCUGCUCUGCAACCUGGAAGAACUGAGCAGCUCAAUACAAAAACUACACCUGGCUGAAAACCAAGACCUUCCCAAGUCAUCUGGACCCUGAACAGCAAAGCUCAGUGUCAAAAACAUGUUCCAUCACUUCCAAAGCAAGGCGCAGCAAUUGCCAUGACUACAUUUCACAACUGCCAAAAGCUAGGUUGCCAAUGUAGUGAUAUACAUUUUAUUUCUUGAAUCUUUCAAGAGGAAAAAUCAGGCACUUGUAGCAGCAGAAGCACAGAGCAUGAAUUGACCAAUUCAGAGGUAACCUGUUGGCUCUAUUGUGGUGAGAUGUGUUAGUAGUACAUUUGACAAAAGACACAAAUUCUAAAGCAGUUUAAACCACCUUGAAUUGAGACUCGGGUUGAAUGUUUUGAGACUCGGGUUGAAUGUGUUGUACACUAUUUAUGGGAUGGAUGCCAGGACUAAACUUCAGCCACUUAUCAGAGGCUUUCAGAAGCACAUAGAAUUGAUUGCAAUGGGUUUUAAGACCAUAUUGAUUGCAGGUAAUGGUGCUGUAAUCAUGUUUUGUAAGGCUACAGUUGUGUGUCAUAGGUGAAAAGGGCUGAUCUCUCUCUUUCUCUCCCUCACGUGCUCUCUCUCUCUCUCUCUCUCUCACACACACCAUUCACUCCUUUCUACCCUCCCUUUCUCUCUUUUUCUAUCUCUGUUGAAAGGCGCAGAAGCAAUUCCUUGAAUUCUUCUGCCUAUAAUGGUCAGGGAAUGACUUUUGACCAUCCAAUUUUGGAGAUGAAUUACAUAAUUAUAAAUUAACUGGUACAUGGCAAGUUGGCUUCAACCUAGGAAAUUCUGUUCCUUGAGUGCAAACAUUUUACUUGAGCAUGUAUGAAAGAGUGAGGAGAGUGUUGUGCUUCCAUGCAUAAUCUUGAUUGUACAACAGCAACAUCUCGGUGUCUCUCAUUCUGAUUUCUUCUAGACCACAUCUGUAGCAUAUACUGUAGUUGAUAAUGAUUGAUAGAUUUCAUAUGGUCCGAAUAGAUAUGUCCUUUAAGCCCUUGAUUUGGGCACAGAGAAAAUGCUGGUAUCCGGAGGUAAAACAUUUUUGUGGAACACUUAUAUUAAUCAUUAACAGCCAAAACUAUUUCUGAUAUACUGGCUGCAAAAAGUGAUAUCUUACCAAGUGUUGUACUGUUAUAUUAAGAUAGAAAAUCAAGUUAGUAUUGUUUUUAGUAUAAAGAUACUUUGAGCUUUUUUAUAAGACUAUUUGACUGAAAAUAAGUCAAAAUAUUCUUAAAUUCAAACAUAAAAACAAGUAAAUGUAUCUGCCAUUGGAUUGAGAAAAUGUAUAAGAUUUAAGACAAUUUGUCACAGAUGGCACAGAUUUUGACUUAUUUUAAGUCAAAUAAUCUUACAAUAAAGCUCAAACUAUCCAUAUGCUAAAAACAAUACUACUUUUUUAACACUUAGUAAGAUAUCACUUUUUGCAGUGGCACAGCUGUUGAUUUUAGGCUGUUUGUGGAAACCACAAGAGUUGAACACAUUUCUGCUGCAGAGACUAUAAUGGUGCCUAUUGUGUAAACCUUCAUGAGACCUGAAGCUAUGAGGAGGAAUAGCUGUCUCAUUCUAUCUUAGUCAAGUGUUGUUUCUAUAAACAGGGUAUUCAAAAUGUUUCAUUAGUUGUCCCAAUUGCCCUGACAGCUUGUGUUGUGGUUAGUCACAAGGUUGGUUUCUUUGAAAAGAGAAGUGGCACAUUAAAAUGGAUGUGCAUCUGGAAACCUAGCCAAAAGGACUCUUACUGUGAAAACAGUAAGCACUGAUCUAUUCUGGUGAAAAUACUGAAAGUAAAAAUGUAAACGAAGUUGAUGUUCCUUUUAAUGCUUUUAAAAUAAUACCAGUGAUACUUGUUUUGAGGAGGUGUUAUGAUGUUUGAGAGACCCAUGUUUUCCUCAGUAGUUGUACAUAUUUAUAACCUAAGAGGUGUAACUGUAGGGCUUAAACCAGAAUUUCAGCAACUCUUUAGCAUUACACAAGAACAUGUCUAAAUAAUGCUGUAGUGUAACCUGUUGCACCCAAGACCCAGGUGCGAUCCCAAAAAAUGUUCAUGGUCAAAAAUAAACAUGGAUGGACAUACAAAGAACCUGCACACAGUUUUGUAAGCAUGAAUGUGCAAAUAAAAUGUGCACACAGCCAUACACAAAGUAUAAAAGCCAUGUUUUCUCUUAGUCCACAAUAAAUUAUCAUUGAUAUCAAAUGUGUUUAACAUGAGGUGGUCAGUUGAAUACAUUGGUUUCUAAGUUCUUUGCUUGGCAUUAGCCGUAGGCCUACACUUGAUUGCAAAAUCAAAGCUGAAAUUGUCAAACUUUGUUGUUGUACAGAUUCUGUGGUGCAUUUAGUAUUGUGUGCUCACAGAUUUUAACCCUUUACUUGCUUAGACAUUUUAUCUGCUGAGCCUACCUCAUCCUCCCAAGGAACACCUUGUACAAGUAGCCUAUCUGUAGGCUACUAAACUGUUCAUAAAUAUCCUGAAACCUUUCAUGUCCAUUUAUUUAUAUACACAAUAAAAGAAUGAUCCCGUGGACAAAUGUGUGCGUCU